ACAUUUAAAAGCGGAAAGGAGCGGUGCUUAAAAUAUUUUUGAAUUUUGAACGAAGAGGAUGUGUGAACUUCUUACCGCGAGAGUUUGUGCGAAAUAAUAUAAUAUUGAGAAAAAUUGUAUUAACAUAUAACAAAUACUUUUCCAUAGGAUUAAUUAUUAAAAUAUAUAUAAUAUUGUUAACAUUGAAAAUUGUGAGUUGUCCAUAUAAUGAUAGAUGGACAUUCAGAAUUAUGCUAUUCAAUUAAAUUAAAGCAACUUGAAAUGAUAUGAUAUGUGAGCUAUGAGAGCUAUUUGAGAAUUUGCGGUUUAGUGUAUGGAUUGAUAGGAAAAAGUGAUUUCUUGGCUUAAACUUGUAUACUACCGCGAAAUCGGUAGAGAAAAAUAAUAAUUACAAGGUGAUGAGAUCUUUCCCAAACUAUAUAUAAAAGCAACAACAGCAAACAAUUAAGCGGGUGACGUUCAAGAUUGAAAGUAAGCCUUCUGUAAUUGCUUUAAAAAUUGGGGUACAGUGCUUUUGUUUUAAGUAAAAAGCUUUUCAUAUCUAUCGAGAUAAAGGCCUUCAUAGUCUUAGCGGAUGUCAAAUGGAUGCAAUGCUAUCCUAGGUGACAAUCAAAGGCGAAGAGAAUCUGAGUAUCAAUGAGCAAAUUGGAAGUAGCAAAACAGAGACUUGGUUAAAAGGAAACUAAAACUGGCUUUGUUAGUUGAUUGUCAUCCGUUAUUGUGCGAACGUGUGGAUAUUUUCAUGCAGCGUUUAAUUUUUUCAAACCAUAGGAGAUGUCAAGGUGAUACGCGUAAUAUUAGAAUAUUAGCAAAAGUCGUCUAACAAGUAUUUUAACAUAACCCCGGAAGAAUGUUAAACGCGUUGAGUAAGCGAUAUUUCGAAGCGUAAUGCACAAAAAUUUUGCAAAAACGAGAAAUUGAAGGAAUUUCCCAAGGAAAAAUUUGGCUUUUAAUAUCAUGGGGACUAAGUCGCCGGGCGGACCGCAACGCUGCCGCUUAAUAUUAAAACAAUGCUUGUCCAUACAGUUAACAAAACCUGGACAUACACCGGAAGACUUUUGGAUGUACGAUUCAGGCUAUAUGAUCUUUCAGAACUUUCUGGCCGCAAAUGCCCAGUGCUGGUGGAAUGGUCCGCUCACAGCCGCUACUCGUGGUCUCAAGUACGCUGGACAUGUAGCGCCGGGCAUGCUAUUAAUAACUGGAGAACCUUGUGCGCUCGAAGUAAUACGCGGAGCGUACGCACGCAGUGUCCUAAAGGCUCCAGCAACAUAUCUCAUCAAUUCAGUGGGUGACAUAGAGGACUGUAUUGUUACACCCAUUAUCCAAGGCCAAUUUACUCCGCUACAUGAAGCAAUCUGUGAUGUUAUAAUGGAUCUAACCACAGUAGGACAUUCGGCCACUAUCGAAAAUGUACGAAACCAUCUUGAAGUAAGUUUUCCUCAUAUGACAACGCCCUCGGUGGAGGUUGUAUACGAUACUUUAGCGCAAUUAAUGCAGGAGCAAAAAAUUUAUCAAACAGCGAAAGGAUACUUCAUCCUUACGCCAGAACGCCGCCGAAGUCGUUCACGUCCUCGGUCUCAUCACAACGGCUGCACAGACUUGGAUGAAUCUUUAAAUAAUGGUCCGCAGGAAGUGCGGACAAUAUUGAUGACGAACGUCGAGGCUUUACAUUCUUUGUAUGGGGAAAUAUCAACGGAACGGGACGGAGAUCUAACGCAUCAAUGCAUUCAGACGAAUUUAGCUGAUGUUAUUUGUGGCGGUAAUUCAAAUGAUAAAAUUUUAUAUCCGCGGACUUCGAAACGACGGAGUUCAUCUUUUCCAACGCCAAGAAGCUUAGAGAGGCGUCACAGUCUGCGCCUUUUCGGUUCUUCGAAACGUUUGCAGCGCUGUUCCUCCACCCGUAGUUUAUCAAAAGCUUAUGCGCAAACGCUUCACAAUACAGAUAGCAGCAGCUCCGAAUAUCAAAGUACAGAUUCUUCAUCACCAAAAAAAGGAUCGCUGCUGUCGCGUUUGUUUCGUCGAAGUGGACGAAAUAAAUCACGGCAACUUGAAACUUAUUCUGCUCAAUUUCCUCCUGUGGAGUGGUUCAACUCAAAGGCAGUUCAUUUACAUAGUGUCGGUACCCAAACAGCAGAUCAUGAUUUACCGACUAUACGUACACUUUCGAAUUCUACGUUUUACGAUGGUUUAGAAUUGAGUCAACGUUCCUUAACAUUACCGCGACGACAUCGUCGUCAAUUAUCUAGUGAAUCAACAUUUCUAAUAUCCUCUCGUGAUUGUUCACCUAUUCGAAGGCGAUCGCCUGUUUAUAGCAGUAGUUCUCUUCCACGAUCCACACAAUCGAUACCGGCUACAGCUAAUAACAUUACAAAAGGGGCUAUCACGAAUACAACAAAUAGUUUUUCUGCUCGCCUAUCUAACCCCUACAAAUGUCCCAAUACGCAGAAAUCUGGCCAAAUAAGUCGCCACAUACUAGAACAUUCCCCUUCACGGAGCACUAAUUCGAGCAAAAUGAUGAUAAGUUCAAAUAAAUAUCAAGACAAUAAAUGUGAACAGCGCAAUUUAGCCAGUGGCCCUUCUAGCUUAGAAUCUGGUAAGACUUCCACUUUUAAUUCGGGCCCUUCGAGCAUCGAGAGCAGUAAAGCCUCGCUUAAUAACAAAACCAGCGGUCACUCUAGUCUCGAUUCACAACGUUCUAACAGUUCAACCACGAUUCAACCAAAACAUCAAACACGAUCCAUAAUUAUGUUGAAUGGCUCUCCACGAGGCACGCCACGUCAUCAGAUCAUGCGUGCUCGCAAUGCUGAACAAGCAUCAUCAUUUAAUCAUCAGCCUGCCAAAACUGCUACAACUCCGACAAUAAGUAAUCUAAGUGCGAACGCCUCUACUACCUCUUUCACGUUAACACCAGAUAGAACGCAUACUUUAGAAAAUUAUGAGAGUUCUUCUGCACCAAUUUCCAAUUCGACCUCAAACAAUUCAAUCACUCUAAAAGUAACCACUUCGAACGAUAACCAGAAUUCUUUGCCCAAUACAAAAAUUGUGGUACAGAACACGCCAGCCCAAAGUGUUAUAACUUUUGAGAAUAGUCAACUUACCGAGAAUUCCAGUGUAUUCAUUAUAAAUAACGAAACCACUACCAACGAAAGAGGUGAAGUGUUGCGUAAAACAUUAUCUAAACACCCUAACCCAUUGGACACGACGGCAUCAACGAAAACUUCGCAAUCAGUGAUUGACCAAUUUGCUGAAAAUGAACGCAUACAAUCAACCAAUUAUAAGACGCGAUCGUCUAUCUUAAAGGAGAAUUAUUUAAAGGAUCAGUACAACUAUAAUGUCACGGAUACUUUCGACAUUUCAGCAGUAACGAGUAGUAAUCAGUCAACGGUCCAGCAGAAAUUAGCAACGACCAAGUCUCUUUAUAACGAGACGGCAAUGAAUAACAGUCGUAAACUCAGUGUACCCUCCACUUUACUUACGAACAAUUCCAACCGCUUAGUUUACAAGAACAACGUGCUCAGAGGUGAUGGUUCGCAAACUGUCUCAUCUAAUGAUGAAAAAAGCCAUGACGACAAGCCUAAUGUCGAAAUAUCCGGCUCUAUGGGGAAUUUAAGGUUCUUUGAAAAGAAUUCCAGAGACGGCCUAACGAAAGCCAUCAAUUCCAAUUGCGAAUUGAAUAAUCUUCGUUACGAAAGCACGAUCGCCUCUUCACCCGCCAAACCAACCAAACUUAAUUCAAAUUCAUCGUUAAGCGGUAAUAAUCUAGUUCAUAUAUUACAAAAGAAUAGCAUCGGCAUUGGUAGCGAGCCGAACUUAUCGCAAAAAGAUAACAAUUGUGUUUUAACGGCCGAUGAGAAAUCGAUAAAGAAGGAAUCACUAAAUCGACGAUUUAGUAUAACGAAGGAGCCAUCAACGGAAGAAGGCACUGACGAACUCUGCAAUUUUCCUAGCUUAACGGAUCUAUCAUUCAAUUUUACCUCGUUGGCGGCCCAAAAAAUACUGCAGGGUGUCAGCUUAAACAGUAUCGACACAUUAGUGGAAUUAAACAUGGCUGCAGCGGCUGCAGCGGCUUCAGUCAAUACAACAAUAGAAAAAUCGCAAAAUAAUCAAAACACUGUAUGCACGGACUACGGCCUAGUUUAGUUCAAAGCCACUCACUCGUCCCUAUCGCAUUAUAGGUUAUAACGAUCAUAUUGUUAUGCGGUCAAAAUUCUCAAAAUACGAUCGACCAGUGAUUCUCAUCUUCUUCUUCUUCGUCUUUUUUUUUUUUUUUUUUUUUUUGUAAUCACAAAGCCAGUUCUAAUUAUACAAAUACAUUAACAACCGUUAUAAAGAAAGCUACGAUUUGGAUUUUCGCCAGUUAUUUUGCAAUAAACUCAAACCUUUAAUGAAGCAGAAUGCAAGAAUUAUUAACGGAAUUGAUGAAAUGAAAUAUAAACAAAAUGGACGGUCUUUGCUUCUUUGUUAGUCCUGUAGAAUACGUAACGACAAUACGUCGCGACAACAACGUUGUUUUACAUGCAAUUGUAAUGAGUUUCUUGGCGAAAUGUGCGCGAAGGGGCAAAGGGAAGAGAGAGAGAGAGAGAGAGAGAGAGAGAGAGAGCAAAGAAUGCAGAUGCAAAAUACAUUAUAAAUUCAACACAAGAUCAUGUCAUCAUCGUUUAUCAUCAUUUUAGGGCUGCAUCAAAUCGGUUUUUGUACUUUAUAAUCAGAAGUUUCACAUUUUCGUGUCCAUUUCGUGUCGUGUUAAUACAAUAAAGUGCCAAACGAAAACUAACAAACAGUAAUACAGUAAUAUAAGCAAGUUCAUUUAGUUUUUAACAAAUCGAGAAAAAAAAAGAAAAAGAAAAAAAAUAUGUACCGCAAUCAAUUAACACCAGUCAAACAGGAUGAAGCCAGUUGCAUAAUUGUAAAUAGUUCUUUCUUUCUUUUCGUUUUCGUUUUGGUUUUUUUUUUUUUUUUUUUUAUUAUUAUUAUUUUUUUAAACAUCGACUAUCGAGUAACAUAAACCAGAACGCUUGCCUUUAAAAUCUUGUACACAUAGCUCGAGAUUUGUAUAUAUAUUAUCACUUAAGAGUAGAUAAGAAAGCAAGUAAAAUGAAUUGAUGUUCGUCUAAGGGCGAAUAUUGAAUAUAUGCCACUUAGGAACUGCAGAUUUAGGCUACGUACGCAUGUAUGAUAUGUAUGCACAAUAGCGUAGAACAAAAAUGUUCCGGAGGUAAUACUCCGCGGAGCGGUCAGUUAUUAAUUUACUCAAAAAUUUAUUGUACGAAAUUUUGCAAUUGUCACAGAUCGGUUCUUAAUAAAUUACUGAAUAAAUGAGUUUUUUCUUUUUUUAACUUAAAUGUUGGAAGUAAGAAAUUUUAGCUAUUUGGCUUCAAAUGUAAGCCGCCCAGUUUUGGAUUUUGUUAGUCUCAAGUAAGUUAGUCUUUCAAAUUUUACGAAGCUUUCUAUCAUUAAGUGGCGAAUAUGGGUGAAAAAAA